CCCGCACGGAAGCGCUUUUACGAUUGUCUUAUAUAGAACCAGUGGUUCAACUCUGCCCUAAUAGAAAUGCCUCCCAAGAACAAAAAGUCGAAGGAAUCUGUUCAAGAUGAGCGAUUCCAGGCCAUCGUCUUGACAGAUUCGUUCGAGACAAGAUUUAUGCCCUUGACGUCAGUUAAGCCCAGAUGUUUAUUGCCAUUGGCCAAUGUUCCAUUAAUUGAGUAUACAUUGGAGUUUCUUGCCAAGGCUGGUGUAAACGAGGUCCAUUUAAUGUGUUCGUCUCAUGCUGAGCAGAUCCAGCAGUAUAUCUUGAACUCAAAGUGGAAUUCCAAAAAUUCGCCAUUCUUGAUCCAUACCGUUAUGUCCUUGGAAUCGAGAUCCGUAGGUGAUGCCAUGAGAGAUUUGGAUAACCGAGGUUUGAUAACGGGCGAUUUUCUCUUAGUUUCUGGUGACGUGGUUACCAACAUCGAUUUCGAAAGAGCCAUGAACUUCCACAAACAGAAGAAACUCCAGGACAAGGAACACAUCGUCACCAUGGUGCUCAAUCAGGCAUCACCAUUGCAUAGAACUAGAUCACACGUGGAUCCUGCCACAUUCAUAUUGGAUAAAAAGACCGACAGAUGUUUGUUCUACCAGGGAAUUCCUCCAGUAGACGGAGCAAAGUCUAGCAUCAGCAUAGAUCCGGAAUUGAUAGAAGACAUUGAAGAUGAGUUUGUUAUCAGAAACGACUUGAUCGAUUGUUACGUCGAUAUCUGUACACCUCAUGUGCCCCAGAUCUUCCAGGACAACUUUGAUUACCAGACGUUGAGAAGCGAUUUCCUCAAGGGUGUGUUAACUUCAGACUUGGUGAAGAAGAGUAUCUACGCUUACAUCUCAGAAAAUAGCGCUGAGUAUGCUGCAAGAGUAGAGAGCUGGGCAACAUACGAUGCCGUUUCACAAGAUGUUCUAGCCAGAUGGUGUUACCCAUUGGUUCCAGAUGCCAACUUGAUCGAAAAUAACUCGUAUACUUACGAGUUCAGUCAUAUCUACAAGGAAGAGAAGGUCGUGUUAGCGCAAUCGUGUAAGAUUGGAAGCUGUACGUCUAUUGGUGCUAAUACUACUGUUGGCGAGGGUUCUUCGAUCAAGAAGUCUGUUAUCGGCAGAAACUGUAGGAUCGGCAAAAAUGUCAUUAUAAACAACUCGUACAUUUGGGAGAAUUCAGUCAUCGAAGACAACUCUGUUCUCAACCAUACCAUAAUAGCUGGUGAUGCUCUGAUUGGAUCAAAUGUGACGUUGAGUCCUGGCUCCGUCAUUGGAUUCAACGUUAAGAUCGGCAACAACAAGCACAUCUCGCACCAUGUAAGAAUUGUGGAGAAGCCUAUUCUUAAGGAUCUGUUUGAUAGUGAUUCUUUCGACACGGACGCUUCAGACGUAGACGAGGACGCACAGCAGCCUGCCAUUCCACACAUCGAGUUGAAUAUCAAGGAUAUCGACUUGGUUGGCGAGGAUGGUGAUGGAUACUUGUAUGUUUCUGAUAGAGCAGUCGAUGAUGAGAGCGAAUCUGAGUAUGGCGAUCAAUACUCGGGAAUCAUCUAUCAAUUCAAGCAUUUGAACGUCUCAGACGAUUCUAUCGCCUCCAUCUCUAACCGUAAGGGCAAGAAGCGUUCUCACUCUAGAACUAGAAGAUUAUCUUCGAACUCUGUUAUUUCUACAGACUUUGAAGGUGGAGCCUUUUCUGACGAUGAAGAGGAAGAUUUCGCUAAGGAAGCUGAGGCAACAGUCCACAGAGCCUUGGAAAAUAACCACGACUUGGAUACGGCACUUUUAGAAUUGAAUACCUUGAGAAUGUCGAUGAAUGUCACAUACCACGAAGUCAGGUUGGCUACUUGUCAAGUUCUCUUGCAAAAGAUUGUAGAGUACAUCACUACCGAUACUUUGGCUGCAAAAGAAGCUACAACCAAGAUCUUUACGCAGUGGGGCCCUAUGUUCAAACGUCAAGUCUUCAGCGAAGAAGAGCAAGUUGACUUGUUGAACAUUCUCCAGGACAAGAUUGCCAAGUUGGACAAAGCAUAUAACCAGAUAGUGUUGUUUCUUGCCGUGAGAAUCUUAUAUGAAUUGGACAUUGUGGAAGAAGACCAGAUCUUGAACUGGUGGAAGGACAACGAAGGCGACGAAGACAAAGACAUCCAAUCUGUGAGAACGUUGACCGGCCAGUUCAUUACUUGGUUACAGGACGCAGAAGAAGAGGAAAGUGACGAAGAAAGCGAUUAAAGUCGUUCACCUUUAAAGUGAAUAUGGGAGUGUUGCAGACAUUGGCAGUAGUACUAUAAUACUGUUGCAGCCAUUAUAUAUAAUGUCCUGCACGCCGCCGUAUAGACCGAUUUGGUGAAGAGCAGCAGUUAAAAAUUAUACGACUGAAUAAACUUUGGUGAGUAGACUUCUAUAAUAAAGAUUUAAUUCACGCUAC